CUCUCCUUCUCGCUCUUUAACUCACCUCUUGCUCUCUCCUUCAGCACUCACAUUCUCUGUCUAGCUUUCUUCCUCUCACUACUCUUCAUUCUCACUUCUCUUGAGGCUUUCUGUGGAUUCUUGUCGCUGUCUGACAACUUUUCUGCUUGAAGACACUCAAGAAAACGGGCAGAAGAACAGACAGACGAAGAAGCACCAGAAGCUGUCAGAAACAGGGUCAUUAUGAAGGUUGGGAGAUUCCAGUUGGUGUUCUGUAUACAUGUUUUUGCCUCGUUUGUAAUAGGUAUACAAAGCCAGUGCCCAAGUCCAUGUCACUGUCAUGGUGACCUUCAGCACGUUAUCUGCGACAACGUUGGCCUGAAGAAGAUUCCUCGCAUCUCUGAAGCCACUCGUCUGCUCAACCUGCAGCGCAACAACCUGGGCAUGCUCACCACUGGAGGCUUCAGCGACAUGAAGGGGCUCAUCUCCCUGCAUCUCCAACACUGCCAAAUCCGAGAGGUCGCCAGCCAGGCCUUUAAAGGUCUCAAGAAGCUCAUUUACCUUUAUCUGUCUAACAACGAAAUCAGCACCAUUAAAUCUGGAGCUUUUGAGGACCUAAGUGAACUCACCUAUCUUUACCUGGACGGAAAUCGCAUCUCAGGCCUUUCCAAGGGCAUCUUUUCCCCAAUGAUUAACUUGUUCAUUCUGCAGCUUGAUAACAACAAAAUCCGUGAACUGCAACCAGGCACCUUCACAGGUGCAAACGACCUCCGCUGGCUGCACAUGAGUCACAACGAGCUGAGUGCAAUGCAGCCCGGCUCACUUGAUGAAGUGGAGAACUUGGCCAUUCUUACCUUGGACCAAAACAAGCUUUCUACCUAUCCCAUCCAGGCCAUGAGCAAGCUGCGUGUAGUUGAGGAGCUUAAUUUGUCAAAGAACCCACUUAGCUUCAUCCCUGAUCACGCAUUUCGGAGCUUCGGUCGCUACAUGGAGAAGCUGCAUCUCAAUGAUAUGGGUCUAGAGAAGUUCUCCACUGCUGCUUUUGAAGGCGUGACUGCUCUAAAGUCUCUGCAUCUUGAGAACAACAAGUUGAAGAAUCUACCAAACAGUUUGGCCUUCACCAACAUCCAGAAUCUCACCCUGUUCAACAACCCAUGGAGCUGCACCUGCCAGUUAGCAAACCUUAAAAAAUGGAUGGACUCCAGUCGUAUUCACCCUGAUGCAGUUUGUGCAUCUCCUCCAAGUCAGAAAGGCAAACAGAUAAAAGACACUUCUGCCUUCAGUCGGUGCAAAGCAAAGCAAAAGAAGAGAGCCAAGAAGGGAACACGCCAUUGAAAAGGAGACUCGGCGCAGACGCCCGUCCAGGUGACCGGCUAUGUGUGCAGAGACGGGAAGCAAUGCUACUUUCGACUUCAGGACUGUCCUUUUUGUUUUCUUCCUAAUUCUAUGAAGUGGCACACAUAUGCACACAAGAAAUGUAUGAAACGCUCAAUAAAAUGAGAAGCAAAACAAUGUGUUUGUAGGUACCAUCAGCAGCAAACAGGAGCAGGAACUGUGUCAAUUACGAAGUACAAUGCUACAAUACAGUAUAUACAGUUCCUAAAACUAUGUAUUCCUCAGCUGUAAUUAUCAUGAGGACAUUAAGCUUUCUGCAUCCUCCAUUUAAACAGAAAGUCUGCAUAAAAUUAACACAAUGAUUCCUUACAUUAAAGAUUGCAUCGUGUUAUACAGAGGUUGGACAAUGAAACUGAAACACCUGGUUUAAUACCACAAUAAUUUAUUGUCCCGACGGACAGUUCUAGUGGAAACAGGAGAGUUGAGGUGCUUAUUGAUUACUGCCGUGAUUUGGGCAGCUGUGAUUUUAUGUUUUUUGGAUACAAUCCGGGUUAGCAACCAAACAUCCCUUUCAGACAGCUUCCUCUUACAGCGUCCACAGUUAAUCCUGUUGGAUGUGGUUCGUCCUUCUUGGUGGUAUGCUGACAUUACCAUGGAUACCGUGGCUCUUGAUACAUCCCAAAGACGUGCUGUCUUGGUCACAGAUGCGCCAGCAAUCAGAUGCAUUGCAAUAUUUUGAGCAAAACUGUUUUCUUACCCUGCUAAUUAAACCUUCACACUCUGCUCUUACUGGUGCAAUGUGCAAUUAAUGAGGAUUGGCCACCAGGCUGCUCCAAUUUAGCCAUGAAACCUCCCACACUAAAAUGACAGGUGUUUCAGUUUCAUUGUCCAAACCCUGUAGGUAAGAGAUUGGACGUGUGAGUCUGUGUACUUUUGAUCAUUCGAUUUUCAUUCCAAGAAAAAUUAUUAAAAAACGGAAAACAAGCAAGAAACCAAAAAAAAAUAAAAUCUUGUUCAUACCAUGCUUUUUUUAAAUAAUUGUGUUUAUUCCGGUCUGGAAACAUUAGGAGGGAAGAAACACACUACAUGUAUGUAUGUACAUGUAAGUCUUCAACUCAGUAACACAAUGUUGGACUUGAUAUUUUUCUAAAAAAUCCCAACACUCCAUACCAUUUUAACAUACAUUACAGCUUUCUGCUUUCGUUACAGCCAACAUCCACAAACUGUGUCAACAGAACGCUCCAUGAUGCAUUUCAGGCUCUAUUUUAGUACACAUUUCUCAAGUUUAAGGGAAGUUCAGAUGUGUGGUAUACUAUUUGCAGCUUCUGCAGUAUCGAAUGUGCUUAUUUAGCUGCUGUCUUCAGUAUUUCUUUUUCUUUCAGACAUCAUCUCAUCUUCUGUACUAGCAGCUUCUCUUACAUACUAUACAUGCUCUAGAUACAGAUGACAUACAAUCUCUAUCUCUGAAUCCUGGAAAACCUGAAAGUGACUGCAGACCACAAUGGAAGACCAAACUAUAAAAAAAAAGAAAAACAAAUAAAAACUGCAAAUUUGUUUGUUUUGCUACAUGAAGCUGUUAAUCAGUUAUACAAGCUGUAAAUUCUGUUAAACAGACGUGACUGAGACAAAUGAGACUGGCAAUAUUGCAGUCUCAUGAUGUAUACGUGUUAAAUAAAAUGCCUGUUAAAGAAAA